AUGGGCACACAACACAGGAAGAAGAAAGGAAAAAUGAAAUGGAGUAAUCUUUACACUUUUUCAUGUUUCCGGCCAGCACAGCCCGUGAACCGGUCAGACUUCGGUCAGCCUGGGUUCUCUAGGGUCGUGUUCUGUAACGAUUCAGCAAAGCAUAAAACAAAACCAUACAAGUAUCCUACCAAUGAAGUCUAUACAACAAAGUAUAAUGUGAUCACCUUUCUUCCAAAAUCGCUAUUUGAACAGUUUCGUAGGGUGGCAAAUUUGUAUUUCUUGUUAGUUGCGGUUUUAUCUGUUACCUCUUUAGCUCCUUUUUCGCCCUUGAGCUUGAUUGCACCUUUGGUUUUUGUGGUGGGAAUUAGUAUCUUGAAAGAAGGCGUUGAAGACUGGAAUCGGUUUUUGCAAGAUUUGGAUGUGAAUUCAAGGAAGGUGAAGGUUCAUAUUGGAAACGGGUCGUUUGUUGAUCGUUCAUGGAAGAUGCUUCGAGUUGGAGAUGUUGUCAAGGUGAUGAAAAACGAGUAUUUUCCAUGUGAUCUUUUGUCGUUGUCUUCAAGUUAUGAAGACGGUGUUUGUUAUGUUGAGACAAUGAACUUAGAUGGUGAAACGAAUCUUAAAAUCAAACGUUGUUUGGAAUGCACUUUGUGUUUUGAUCAAGAGCUUAAAUUUGAUAAGUUUAAGGCUAUUGUUCGAUGUGAAGAUCCAAAUUCGAGUUUAUAUACUUUUGUUGCAAACAUGGAAUUUGGAGGUGAAGAUGAAGACCAGUUAAAUGCUUCCUACCCAUUAUCAUCUUCUCAGCUUCUUCUUCGGGAUUCAAAGCUCCAGAAUACGGAUUAUGUUUAUGGAGUUGCUAUAUUUACUGGACGAGACACAAAAGUGGUUAGAAAUUCAAUGAAAUCGCCCUCCAAACGUAGCAGGAUUGAGAGAAAGAUGGAUCAUGUUAUUUAUGUGUUGUUCUUCAUGUUGCUUUUGAUAUCUUUAAUAUCUUCGGUUGGUUCUGUCAUGUUUACAGAUAAAAAACAUACAGCUAAAGAUUGGUGGUACCUUAGAUUAAAGGAGGAGACAGAUGGGUCUUUUGAUCCAGAUAAUCCACUCGUUUCGGGGUUCCUACAGUUCUUGAGGGCACUCAUAUUGUAUGGCUAUUUGAUCCCUAUCUCUCUUUAUGUCUCCAUUGAAGUAGUCAAGUUUUUACAAGCAAUGCUUAUAAACAAUGACCAACAUCUGUUUGAUGAACUUUCUGGGAGAUCAGUUAAAGCCAGGACAUCGAAUUUGAAUGAGGAGCUUGGUCAAGUGGAGAUGAUUUUGACUGACAAAACCGGGACUUUGACUUGUAAUCAGAUGGAGUUCAGGAAAUGUUCUAUUGAAGGGAUUUCUUAUGGAGGUGAUGUAAAUGAGAUUGUUCGUGCUGCUUCUCAGAGAAUGAAUAUUGAUAUCGAGAGCUAUCGUUAUAAUUUAGAUGAUGUUGAUUCUACUCCUGGUGAUAGCAUGGAGAUGGUUGAGAUGUCUUCUGAUCAAAUUAAUGCAUCAAAAGACAGUAUCUUGGAGGUUGAACGAGAAAUACAUAAUAUCGGCGCUACUGGUACAAAAGGGUUUAACUUUAGGGAUGACAGAUUGAUGAACAAGACGUGGCUUCAUGGGUCAAAUGUAUGUGAUACGAUAAUGUUCUUCAGAGUCAUGGCAUUAUGUCACACAGGGAUACCAAUUGAAGAUGAAGGACAAUCAGGCACCAAAAAACUCAAAUAUGAAGCCGAGUCCCCAGAAGAAGUGACUUUCUUGAUUGCAGCUCAAGAGUUUGGAUUUCAGUUUUACAGAAGAACUCAGUCUUCAUUGUUUGUUAAAGAGAUUGACCCUUCUGCAUUGGAGGUCGAAAGGGAGUACAAACUACUAGAUUUAUUAGAAUUUAGUAGCUCUAGGAAGAGGAUGUCGGUGAUUGUGCGCGAUGAAGCUGGUCAAAUUUUCCUAUUAUGUAAAGGCGCUGACAACAUUAUGUUCGAUACGCUAGGUGAUGGUGGCAGGACAUACCAACAUGCUACAACUAUGCACCUAGCAAACUACGCAGAAGACGGCUUAAGGACAAUGGUAUUUGCCUACCGGAAGAUUACAGACUCUGAAUACGAAGAAUGGAGAUCAUCAUUUGCCAAAGCUAAGGCCAUAAUCGGUCCUGAAAGAGAGGAAUCAUUAGAGAGUCUAUCUAAAACCAUUGAGAAAGAUUUGGUGCUGUUAGGCGCUGUAGCUGUUGAUGACAAGUUACAAGAUGGGGUUGCAGACUGCAUUGAUAAGCUUGCACAAGCAGGACUGAAGAUAUGGCUCCUUACUGGGGACAAGAAGGAAACUGCUGUUAAUAUCGGGUUUGCUUGUAGUUUGCUUAGGCAUGAUAUGAAGCAGUUUCAUCUGAGUGUGAGUAGAGAUGCCGAAUCAAAAAAUCAAUUAAAGGCUUUGGAAGACGAUAUAUUAAAUCAACUAGAGACUUCUUAUCAAGUGACAAUGAACGAAAAAACCAAAGAUGAUCCUUUUGCUCUAGUGGUGGAUGGAAAAGCUCUUGAAAUCGCUUUGAGGAAUGACAUGAAAGACCGUUUUUUGCAGUUAGCAGUUAAUUGUGCCUCAGUUAUAUGUUGUCGUGUCUCUCCGAAACAGAAAGCCUUGAUUACCCGAUUAGUGAAGAAAUAUACAGGAAAGAUGACAUUGGCAAUCGGAGAUGGAGCUAACGAUGCUGUUAUGGCAAGCGACUUUGCACUGCCUCAAUUUCGAUUCUUGGAACGGUUACUAAUAGUACACGGACACUGGUGUUACAAGAGAAUCUCAAAGAUGAUUCUCUAUUUUGUAUACAAGAACAUUGUGUUCGGCCUGACCUUAUUCUACUAUGAACUCUACUCAAGAUUCUCCGGAGAUGUCUUAUAUGACGGUUGGUAUAUGGUUAUGUUCAAUCUCGUCCUAACAUCCCUUCCUGUCAUAUCAUUAGGCGUCCUUGAGCAAGAUGUUUCCUCUGAUAUUUGCCUUCAGUUUCCGGCACUUUAUCAGCAGGGACAAAAGGGAAUUCUAUUUAGUUGGAAACGCAUCAUCGGGUGGAUGGGAAAUGGGAUACUUACAUCUUUAGUCAUAUUCAUCCUAAACGUCUACAUUCUCUCUUCACCGGCCUUCAGAAAAGGAGGAGAAGUGGUAGACGUUUCACAUUUAGGCGUGAUUACCUACACCGCCGUUGUGUGGACAGUAAACUGUCAAAUUGCACUUAUCAUCACUCACUUCACUUGGAUCCAACAUGUCUUCAUUUGGGGAAGCAUUUUAAGUUGGUACAUCUUCUUACUCUCUUAUGGUGCACUUCCACCUGCAUACUCAGAUAAAGAAUAUCAACUACUUGUAGAAGCAGUUGGACCUGCACCCAUGUAUUGGAUCGUAGUUUUAUUAGUUGUCGUUAUUUCUCUACUUCCAUAUUUCGUUUAUAUGGUCAUCCAACGGUCGUUUUAUCCAUUGGAUGACCAUCUGAUUCAAGAGAUGAAGUAUGGAAGGAAAGUUGUCAUAGAUGAAGACACGUGGUUGCGAGAGAAGCGAAGCUCAAAAAUGGCGACCCAUAUCGGGUUUUCAGCUAGAGUCGAUGCAAAAAUCCUACACUUAAAGGAUCAACUACAUAAGAAAAAGAUGUUUAUUAUUAAGUCUAUUACAAAUAGUCCUAUUCGUAGAUCAAUAACCAUCAACGAGGGAGAAGAUACAGAUUAA